UGCCUCAGCUAACACGGUCACAGUGCUGGGGGACAGGCACUGACACGGAGCCUUCACAUCUGCUGGGGGUGGAGUCGGGCACAUGGAGACCACCACCGUGUUUUGCUCUUAGGAACAGCAGGUGUGGGGCUGACUGAGAGUGCUUUGAAAGCCCCACAGCACAACCACAGGUGUUGGGAAACCUCCAGUGACAUCUUCUGAUGUCAUCCCAGCUAUUCCAAGGCGUGGGCUUCUGCAAUGCCGCCUUUCAGUCAAGACCUUGUCAUUCAAGGUCUCAUAAUUAACCACACACUCAGCUGCAGAUGGGGAUUUCUGAAAGACACAGAGAGCACACACGUGCCCCUUUCUGGAGGAAGUGGUGUUGCUCUAAGUUUAAUUGAGACUUGCUCAAAUCAAGAAGCAGAGGCCACUGCACCAUUGAUUAAUGUCACAUUUUGUUUGUGCUCACGCAGGGUGGCUGACAAGCUGCCGAGACCAAACCUCGUCCUGCUCAAGCUCUUGCUGUCUCUGCUCCACCACAUCAGCCAAAAUGCCGAGACCAGCAGGAUGGACUCCAGCAACCUGGCCAUCUGCAUUGGCCCAAAUAUGCUGAGCCCAGGGACGGACAGUGCGCUCCCGCUGGAAGUGCAGAAGGAGAUGAAUGACAAGGUGACAGUGUUGGUGGAGUUCCUCAUAAACAACUGCUCGGAAAUAUUUGAGGAGGACAUUGCCUUCCCUGCCUGUGCUUUGGCUGAGGAGUCACCAGAGCACACAGACAGCUCCACAGGUAUGAGAAUGGACUGGGGAUGUCACUAA